UGUAAUCCCAGUAAUUUGGGAGGCUGCGGCGGGCGGAUCACCUGAGGUCAGGAGUUUGAGACCAGCCUGGCCAACAUGGUGAAACUCCGUCUCUACUAAAAAUACAAAAAUUAACCAGGUGUGGUGGCAGGCGCCUGUAAUCCCAGCUACUCUGGAGGCUGAGGCAGGAGAAUCGCUUGAACCUGGGAGGUGGAGGUUGUAGUGAACCGAAAUCACGCCACUGCACUCCAGCCUGGGCAACAAAGCGAGACUCCGUCUCAAAAAACAAAACAACAACAACAAAAAACAAACAAAAAACAAAACACCGAAAUGGGCUUUGAAGAAUGGAAGGGAUGCAGAUAAAAGAGAGGAGGGCGCAGAGCGGUUUGGUCGUUCGUUGGACCAGUGUCGGUUCUUCGCUCGCGACUGCGGCUCUUCCUCGGGCAGCGGAAGCAGCGCGGAGGUCGGAGAAGUGGCCUAAAACUUUGGCGUUGGGUGAAAGAAAAUGGCCCGAACCAAGCAGACUGCUCGUAAAUCCACCGGUGGGAAAGCCCCCCGCAAACAGCUGGCCACGAAAGCUGCCAGGAAAAGCACCCCCUCUACCUGCGGGGUGAAGAAGCCUCAUCGCUACAGGCCCGGGACCGUGGCGCUUCGAGAGAUUCGUCGUUAUCAGAAGUCGACCGAGCUGCUCAUCCGGAAGCUGCCCUUCCAGAGGUUGGUGAGGGAGAUCGCGCAGGAUUUCAACACUGGCCUGAGCUUUCAGAGCGCAGCCAUCGGUGCGCUGCAGGAGGCUAGCGAAGCGUACCUGGUGGGUCUGUUGGAAGAUACUAACCUGUGUGCCAUCCAUGCUAAGAGAGUCACCAUCAUGCCCAAAGACAUCCAGUUGGCUCGCCGGAUACGGGGAGAGAGAGCUUAAGUGAAGGCAGUUUUUAUGGCAUUUUGUGGUAAAUUCUGUAAAAUACUUUGGUUUAAUUUGUGACUUUUUUUGUAAGAAAUUGUUUAUAUGUUGCAUUUGUACUUAAGUCAUUCCAUCUUUCAUUCAGGAUGAAUGCGAAAAGUGACUGUUCACAGACCUCAGUGAUGUCAGCACUGUUGCUCAGGAGUGACAAGUUGUUAAUAUGCAAAACGGAUGCGUGAUAUUUCUUGCUUCUCAUGAUGCAUGUUUCUGUAUGUUAAUGACCUGUUGGGUAGCUGUUAAGGUACUAGAAUUGAUAAAUGUGUACAACAGGGUCCUUUUGCAAUAAAACUGGUUAUGACUUGAUCCAAGUGUUUAACAAUUGGGGCUGUUAAGUCUGACCAUACAUCACUGUGAUAGAAUGUAGGCUUUUUCAAGGGGGAAGAUACAAACCUUAACCACAGUGUAACUUAUAGUUUACUUAAAAAAAAAAAAAAAAAGUAAACCUGGCAGCUAUAGAAUACAAUAUGUGCAUUUAUAAUAGCUAUUUUAUAUAUUGUAGUGUCAACAUUUUCAAAUUAAAUGUUUUACAUUCACAAGUGGUGGGGAGUCUUGUCAUUAAGAUGUGUGUAAUUUAGAGUCCAGUUGGUUUUCUUCUGACUGCACUUGUUCUCAUAGUAGUAAAAUGCUAUGUGCAUUUAUACCUUGCAUAAAUCUUCAUUCUACCACAUGUUAACUAACCCUCUAGCUGAUAAUGCAAACACUAACUGGGGGCUUUUAUUUAUAAGGGCUCUAGAAAAAAAUAUGAGUUAUUCACACCAGCAUCAUCUGUUAACUAAUAUUCUGAACUAGUGCAGCUUUUCAUUGUGUUGUGUGGUUGGUCUCAUAACUAGGUUGAGUUUUCUCCUCUGCUAAGAGGAAACAGUACUGAAGUUCUUUUUCUUGUGGCAUUUGUAUUAUAAAAACUUGGUGUGGGGGAGGAGCACAAAGCUCCAGCCCACUGAACCUCUGCCAGUUAAGAUGGUGUUAGGUUAGGUUACAUCUGGUUACUGUCCUGGGAAAAUCAUUUUUAUAGAGAUGGCCUUCCAAGUGGUUUUAAAAUUUAUCUUAUUGAAGUUUUUAGGUCAAUUAUGUAUGUUGACUAAAUUUACAAAUAAACUUGUUUAUCCAAAAAAAAAAAAAAA